GUCUGAACCCCCCAGCCUACGCCCCUGGUUUACAGUAAUUUUCAGACCAUUCAUCGACAUUCAUGAUUCUGCAGUAGAUAAGACAGAAGAGUUCCAGUGAGACAAAUGAUCUAACCCAGACUGAGUAAUGUCAUCUCCAGCAUCUGACUCGAGAGAGGAGAACUUUUUAGAAAAUUAUUUCUUACACCUCAGUCAGUUCGCAUUUGACCGGGCGAAAGAACUUGCGGACAAGGAUAAAGGUGGAACUGCCACUUGCUGGGGCACUCUGCUGCAAUGUUUCUCACAACUAGCCACAGCAGAGAAAAUGUACAUGACCUUGACCUUUUUAGGCCAGAAGAGGUUUCCUGGUAUUGGAAGGGCAAGGGAGAACCUCAGAAACAUCUACCAGUUUCUAAUACAAGAAUUCAAGAGACUUGAUAGCUCGGGCCACAUGGACACCACACCCGGAACAGUGCCCCCUAGUGACCUGGAGAUUCUGCUGGCUCAUCUGUGCGGACAACUCUAUCAUUACCUGACAGCUCGACACAAGAUGAUGGACUUAUAUGAGCAGAUGUCGGCCAUGGCGAAUCACAAAAACGUGAGUUUUGUCGACCUGAGUACGAUCGCCAGUGAGAUAAUUGAGGCGCACAGACGAGGAUUCCAUCACCCCCUGCUCAGUCCAGUGAAGUCGGCUUUCAGUCUGGAGUGUAGCAUUCUGAGUUACCUGCUAGAAGCCCAGGUGCUGAUCUCUGAGUGGCAGUUUCUGCCGGCCGUUCUUCAGCUCCACCAGGCUAACUCCAGGCUCGCCAGCUGGGCCGUGCUGGCAUCCGUGAAAGACUUGCCAGUGACAAGAGCUGAGAGCAAGAAAGGAUUUAGUCAGUCCAAAUCGAGCACAGUGCCAGCAUUGUAUCUUUGGCUUCUCAAGUUCAAGGGACUUCUCGUGUCAAAGUUCAGUCUGUAUUUCUAUGAUGUGUUGUCCAAGCAGAGCUCCUCUGUUGAAAUGAAGACCCUGACAGCCAAAGCAAGUGAAGAUUUUGUUGCAAAAAUGAUAACAUUUCAAAAAAAGUCUGAUGCCACCAGUGUUUGUCUUGUGUUCGACACCACCGGUGUGAGGGACAAGUUCACAGGACCCGGAUACCACCACCCCGAUAAAUUUGUGGAACCACCCAGGGGUGUCGACAGCUUCCCAGCUAUCUUCUCGUACCCAGGAGACCGACCGACCAACCACUGGCCGAAUGUUCUGAUGAGGAUCAAUGAGAAGGACGUGGCGGAGACGGGAGACAAAAUCAGCUGUUUUUACGACAUGAAAGCUCAUAGUACGUAUUUCAUCUCGAGAGUGGAUGCACGGGUGUCGCUGGUCGUGAUAUUCGAGACGAAGAAGUCGGAGAAGGAUUCCUAUGUGAACAAUUUCAUGUCGGACUUCGGUUCCCACUUGAGAUGCACCAAAAUACUCAGCAGUCUGAAGCCGGGGUCAAAAACAUGAUGAUUACUUGAUGAUAGAAGUGUUGAAAUCCUGGAUUAAAACAUGAUGAUUACUUGAUGAUAGAAGUGUUGAAACCUGGGUCAAAAUAUGAUAAUUACUUGAUGAUAGAAGUGUUGAAACAUGGGUCGAAAACAUGAUAUUACUGGAUUAAUGAAGUGUUGUAACCUGGGUCGAAAAACAUGAUGAUUACAUGAUAAUAGAAGUGUUGAAACCUGGGUCAAAACAUGAUGAUUACUUGAUGAUAGAAGUGUUGAAACCUGGGUCGAAAACAUCAUGAUUACUUGAUGAUAGAAGUGUUGAAACCUGGAUCAAAACAUGAUGAUUACUUGAUGAUAGAAGUGUUGAAACAUGGGUCGAAAACAUGAUAUUACUGGAUUAAUGAAGUGUUGUAACCUGGGUCGAAAAACAUGAUGAUUACAUGAUAAUAGAAGUGUUGAAACCUGGGUCAAAACAUGAUGAUUACUUGAUGAUAGAAGUGUUGAAACCUGGGUCGAAAACAUGAUGAUUACAUGAUAAUAGAAGUGUUGAAACCUGGGUCAAAACAUGAUGAUUACUUGAUGAUAGAAGUGUUGAAACCUGGGUCGAAAACAUCAUGAUUACUUGAUGAUAGAAGUGUUGAAACCUGGAUCAAAACAUGAUGAUUACUUGAUGAUAGAAAUGUUGAAACCUGGGUCAAAACAUCAUGAUUACUUGAUGAUAGAAGUGUUGAAACCUGGAUCAAAACAUGAUGAUUACUUGAUGAUAGAAGUGUUGAAACCUGGAUCGAAAACAUGAUAGAAGUGUUGAAACAUGGGUAGAAAAUGUGAUAUUACUGGAUUGAUGAAGUAUUGUAACCUGGGUCGAAAAACAUGAUGAUUACAUGAUAAUAGAAGUGUUGAAACCUGUGUUGAAAACAUGAUAUUACACGAUUAUAAAAGUCUUGAAAGCUAGCCCAAAAACAUAAUUCCUCAGCUAUCUGGGCUGUGUGUCCAGGACAGUGGGUUAGUUAUUAGUUGGUUAGUUGUUAGUUGUUAGUGAGAGAGAAGAGGGUAUAGUGGCCUUACACCUACCCACUGAAUCGUUAAAACUCGCUCUGGGUGGGAGCCGGUACCAGGCUACGAACCCUGUAUCUACCAGCCUGUAGUCCAAUGACUUAAACACUGCACCACUGAGGCUGGUCUGGAUUAACAUGGUGUUUGGAAUCGGUUUGAAUUUCAUCAUCGAUGUGCACCAACCAAUCAACUUCUAAUCAAACAGUCGGUUUGAAUUGUAUGUACUUAAUAAAGCAUUCAAUUAUAAGGACCAUGUACAUGUAUGGUGUUCACUGGGCUAGAUCCUAAUUUUACAUUUAAAGUGACUGUUAUGUUUGAUGUUUCCGAUUUAACUACCAACAAACCAGAUUUAACUUGGUAACCAAUUUUACUUUUCUAGUCCCUUUGUUACAUGCCACUUCCGGUGCUCUUUUUCCGGAAGGUCAUUCCAAAUGAUAAACAAUUAGUGUGCGACCAAAUGAUAAAUAAACUAUUAAUGUCUCACUAAAACACGACAUCCCUCCUUUCUCAAAUUACUAGUAGUUCUUUUCCUGUUUUAAAACAUCUCGAAAUGUUCUCAUUGUAUUAUUAUCAUCAAGCAAUUAUGUUAACUGUUUUGCAUUAAAAUAUUUAAACCGAA